UUUAUUUUUAUCAUUCUGAUCACAACAGAGCGCUUGUUUGGUAUUGCUAGUAGUGUACUGUUUUACCGGCUUAAAUUCGAUUUUAUUCAAAAUACUGCAGUGUCGGUAACAAGUGAUACCUGUUGAAGAUAAACGAAACACUUGAUUAUGGCAAAGGUGAAGAUACCAACGUUGAAACUCAACAACGGGCUGGAGUUCCCAGCGCUGGGGUACGGCACGUGGCUGGGGGACCUGAAGAGCGAUAGUUUCGAUAUACCAGCAGAAGACAGAGCGAAGCUGAUGGAUGCGCUGUGCUACGCGCUGGACGUGGGCUACCGACACGUCGACACCGCGCACGUGUAUCGCGUCGAGGGGGACGUGGGGGAGGCGCUGAGGAGGAAGAUACAGGAGGGGGUCGUGACGAGGGAGGAGGUCUUUGUUACUACCAAGGUGUGGAAUCAUAACCACCGUCCGGCAGAUGUGGAGGCGUCAGUGCGCGGCUCCCUGCAGCGCCUGGGCCUGGACUAUAUAGACUUGGUGCUCAUGCACUGGCCCAUGUCUAUAUCUGCAGAAGGUGAGGACGAAAAGAUCGACUACUUAGAAGCCUGGUCCGGGUUCGAAUCCGUGCUGAGGCAGGGGCUGGUGAAGAGCAUCGGCGUGUCUAAUUUCAACAUCGCGCAGCUCACGCGGUUGCUUGCUCAUGCCAAGGUGGUGCCAGUGGUCAACCAGAUUGAGAUAAACCUGAACCUGGGUCAGAGAGAGCUGGUAGACUUUUGCAAGAAGAACAACAUAGUUGUUGUAGCAUACACACCGUUUGGCAGCCUCAUGAGGGACGGCCCUGACUGUCCCGCCACCAAGGUCGAUGACCCCGUGUUGACUGGCAUCGCCAAGAAACAUGGCAGAACUGUGACUCAGAUCAACUUGAGAUAUCUGUACGAACGCGGUCUAGCCAGCAUACCAAAAUCGAUAACCAAGUCGAGAGUGUUGGAAAACGCAUCGAUUUUCGACUUCAAGUUGGACGACCAAGACAUCGCAGCGCUAGAGACACUCGACAACAACUAUCGAACAGUGAAAUGUCCAUUCUGGCGCGAUUUUGCGAAUUAUCCUUUCGAAAAAUUUGAGGGAGACGUACCUCCUAUACCCCCCACUUUGUUGAAAUGCUACAUUAACCAUAUGAACAACAAUCACUUUGUGCAAGUCGAGAGUGUCGCCAUGUUGUGUCUAUUUGUGCUAUCAACUUUAAUAUUUCAUUCUAUGUGUGACGAAGGUGACGGGGGUAAAGCGCCGCGGGUCACCCUGAACGAUGGCAACACCAUGCCCGUUUUCGGCCUUGGCACUUUCCUGGGAUUUGACGAGAAAGGUGUGAAGAAAGUUCAAGAAGGUGAAGUGGAACUGCCCGUGACCUGGGCUUUAAAUGCUGGAUACAGAAUGCUCGACACCGCUGCCGCGUACCAUAACGAGGAGCAGGUCGGGGAGGGGGUGAGGAAGUCGGGAGUUCCCCGGGAAAACGUUUUCAUUGUUACCAAGCUAGGUAUGUACGAGCAAAGAGAUGUGCUGGGCGCCCUGCGCAGGUCUCUGGGUCGACUCAACUCCAGCUACGUGGAUCUCUACUUGAUACACUUCCCUAUCGCUACUAAGUCAGAACAGAGUCAAGAAUACGACGUAAUAGAUUACUUGGACACAUGGAAAGACAUGGAGGAAGCCAAACGGCUGGGCUUGGCCAAGUCCAUCGGUAUAUCUAACUUUAACAUCAGCCAAAUAGAACGGUUGAUGGACAACUGCGAGAUAAAGCCGGCUGUACUACAAGUUGAGGUCAAUCUAAAUCUAGCUCAAAACAAGCUCUUGGAGUUCACGAAAGCGCACAACAUUUCUGUAAUGGCGUACUCCCCAUUCGGCACAAUGUUCCUGAAGAACACAGACGCACCCCCGCCUAGAGUGGACAACCCCAUACUGGUGGGGCUGGGGUUCAAAUACAAGAAAACUGUGCCUCAAAUCGCGUUGAGAUAUCUGGUUCAAAGAGGUGUGACACCGAUUCCAAAAUCAGUUACGAAGGAGAGAAUCGAGCAAAAUAUCGAUAUUUUCGAUUUUGUACUGAGCGACGAAGAUAUGGAUAGAUUAAGCGAGUUUAACCAAAACUACAGAAAAGUGUGGCCAAGCUUCUGGCAAGAUCAUCCCUAUUACCCCUUCGAGAAGAAAGACGUUCCCAGUCCUAACAUGUUUACAAAAGGUCUCCAGAAAACAUAAGAACAACGUUAUUUUACUUUUUACAUUUAAUUUUUCCACAUGUGUUUUCCAGGGAAGUUCACGAUACCACACUUUAUUCCUCAUCUAUUAAAAUGUGUCAGCAGUUCAAGAUAUGACGGCUACAUAAUCAGCCCCCGAUCUAAGAAGAACGUUCUAGGACCUGCGAUGAGUGGCACUUUCAGGCAAAAUAUUAAAAAAAAACAACAUUAUCAUAAAGAUAUAACGAAAUACAAUAAUAAAGAUUUCCACCCACUCUGUCUCCUACCCAUUAAUUCCACCCAGAUUGUGUGAGUUACUAAAUAUUUAAUCUAAAACAUUGGAGAGCAGAGAGAACGCUACCAUAAAGAUUCAAUAAAUUGGUCAUCCAGGACUGGGGUCUUUCAUGUAACCUAUACAAUACAUACAAUAAUAAUUAUUAAACUACAAGUAUUGGAGAUUGCUGAUUUUAUAGCUGGUCUAUUUGUAUACCCAGCUAAUGCCGGCAUCCCUUUAUCAAUAACAAGAACUGGUAUAGCCCAUCUAUUUCGCAAAAUCCCAUUGCCUUUGGAUGUGGUACAUCAAGUGCAUAUUUGUGUUUAAACUCGUAUUGUUAGACAACGUUCAGUUUUACAUCAACGCGCUGUCUGUCAAUUGUCAAACGCUUGUCUGUAUCCUUUACCGCUACUACGCAUAUAAGUAUAAUUAUAUUCUGGACCACUAUCCAAUUCACUUCAUUCAAUUGACUUUUAAAAGUUUAUACUUUUUUCUACAAUUGCGUAUUUGACGAUUGUACAUGUGUCAUAAGCUUAAGAUCUAAAUUAGAUAUCGUUACUCGGUAAUAAAAGAUCAACUUGUUUUAAAUACAAUAAAUAUUUCACUCAAAAAUUCCAAAUAAUCAAUAAAUAUUUUGGUUUUCG